UGCGCCGACUGCUCAAAUAAAACGCUCGAUACGAAGCCCGAGUGAACGCUACUCGAGCGUCUAGUCAGCGGUUAUGUUUCAAUCUGGAUCUUUAGUAUGUAAGUACGGGCUAGGCAUCCCUGGUUAAAACUCAGCCACGACAUUACUUAAUCUCUUUCCCGAAUUUAUGUCUCUGUCGCAAACGAUGAUGAACAAUGAGCGAGCAGCAAAGGGUUACCAAAAGAUUUCUACUAACAGUCAAAGAUCGUUUGGCAUGAAAUUAGCUAAAAAUAUUGCACCAUGCCCCGGAGGUGUUAUCCUGGAUUUAGGCUGUGGCACUGGAGAACUGUCUGCAUAUCUGACGGAACUUGUUGGACGAGACGGACAAGUCGUAGCCGUGGACCCGGACGUGUCUCGAGUUAAACUAGCUCAGGAAUCGCACGAAGGAAUCAGUAAUCUUAAGAUUCACGAAGGAAGCGCCUCGAACUUCCCAAGGAUGGGUACAGAGUGUUACGACAUUGUCUUCUCAAAUUUUGUGCUUCAUUGGAUCCAAGAUAAACAAGAAGCCUUCAGAAACAUGUACCAGAGCCUGAAACCAGGUGGGAAAAUCGUUAUCUCGUUCAACCCUGUGUUACCUGAAUCCUUCCACGACGCCUUUCAGGAGUUAAACCCACAAAACCUUGGCCGCCUGAUGAGCAAUUACCAUUGCGAAAGCAGGUCAAAGGUUGAAGAGAUUUGUACAGCUGAAGGCUUUGAAAUAGUCGAGAGUUAUGCCGUGGAAUCUGGUGGUCUGGAGUUUGAAGAUGUUGAAAGCAUGAUUUAUUGCUUCUGGGCAACUACCCACGGUGUGUUUGAUCCAAAGCUGAUUACGAAAGACAAAUUAUCAAGUUUCUGUGCUCGGCACACAUCCGGAGAACAUUCUAAACCAUUGAAGGUGUUUGUUACUGAGGGUGAAUUUGUGAGUGUGUUAAUAGCAGCUAAACCGCCUAAAAGUUAAUUUUGUUGGUCCUCUUUUUUU